CACGGGGGACACAGAGGGACACGGAUGCGACAGGGUGGACUUAAAGGGGCAGUGGCACGAGGGGAUGGAGACGGGAUGGCCGUGGAGGGACGCGGGUUUGAGAGGAUGGGCACGGAGGGACACAAGGGGGUGGCCACAGAGGGACACGGAUGUGACAUGGGUGUGACAGGUGGACGUGGACACGACGGGGUGGACACAUGCAAGGGGUUGGGCGUACAGGGACACGGACACGACGAGGGGGGACACACGGACACGACGAAGGGGGACCACGGACGGGAAUGGGAGCAGGUAGUCGCGAAGGGACUCGGACACCAGGGGGCGGUCACGGACACGGUGUGACACGGGGGGACACGGUGUGACACGGGGGGACACGGUGGGGACACGGGGCGACACGGGGAGACACGGAGGAGGGACAAGGAUGGACACAGGGGGUGGACGUGGAGGGACACGGACACCGGAGGGGGCUCGGACAUGGCGAGUGGGCACGAACGUGAUGCGCUGGAGACACCGAGCUGCAGACACGGCGAGGGGACACCGGCAUGGGGACACCCGCCCUGCCAGGGGACACAGCCACCGAGCCCCCAGGCUCCCACCCGGCCCCGGGGUCCCCUCACACUCGGGGGGUCCCUGUGCUGCCGUGGAGGGGGGGGGGGUCUGUGUGCCCACUCGCGUGUCCCCCACCCCUCGGGUCACCAGGGUCACCGGGACACCCAGCCAGUGCCAGGGGGAUGCUCAGCACCCCAAGAGAGGACCGGGGGGUCUGGCAGGGGUCAGGGGGUGCCGACGUGGGGGUGCUGCCCCCCUGCCCCCCCCGGGGCCGGCUACGCCCUGGCAGGGUGACACGGGACAGCCGGACCCGCCUGUUCCUCUUCCCCGCACCAGGCAGCAGCGGCCGGAGCGAGGCUCCCGCUGCAGUGGAAGAACCAUGGGGGUCCCUGCGGCCCCGCUGCUGCUGCUGCUGCUGUUCCCCGUGUCCCCCUUUUUGCUCGUGUCCCCCUGUUUCCCCCCGCUGCUGCUCAUUUCCGAGGAGCUGGACCUGACCAACAGGAGCAGCGGCUGUGCCGAGCUGGACUGGAGCCCGUUCCGGCGGCAGCGCCGGCUGCUGCUGAGGCACAACGGCAUCGAGGCCCUGAACCCCUCGGCCAGCCUCGGGCCCGGCAUGGAGGAGCUGGACCUGGCGGAGAACCGGCUGCGGGAGCUGCCCGAGGGCUUCUUCACCAACGCCACGGCGCUGCGGAGCCUGAGCCUGGAGGGGAACCCCCUCCCCGCCGUGCCCCCCGCCGCCUUCCAGCCCUCGCUCAGCUCCCUGAGCGUGUCGUGCCGCUGCGACGUGCUGGGCACCGUGCUGGCCCCCUGCGCCCGCGGGGGGAUCCGCUGCCUGUGCCUCACGCCCCGCCGGCAUCCCUUCAACGUCACGGAGUUCCACGGCCGGGAGUGCGGGCCCGGCGCGGGGCCGGUGGCCGGGGCGGUGGCCGGGGCGGUGGCCGGGGCGGUGGCCGCGCUGGUGGCCGCGCUGGCGGCCGCGGUUUGGUGCCGGCGGAGGAGAGCGGGAGCCGCGGUGGACGGCGAGGGAAGGGGGAAGCAGGAUCCCGCUGGGACCCUCCGGCAGCCCCGCUACAUCAGCCGGGACACCGGGAGCGGCCCCGCCGAUGGCGCCGACGGCCCCGACUACGAGAACGUCUUCGUGAGCCCCGGCACGGCCCCGGCCGCUGCGCGGGGAUGGGCACCGGCGUGGCAGGAGCCGCGCUACAGCCCGCAGGUCCCGCUGGAUGAGGAUUAUUUCCUGGAGAGCGCUGCCGGGGACCAGCCCAUCUACGCCAACACUCCGGGCCCCGCCGAGGACCUCUACAUCAUUCCUGACCAGUGAGGGGCUGGGGGACACUGGGAGGGCCGGGGGGGCACUGCUGCCCUUCCCCUGGCUGUCCCCCAGCCCGGAGGGGACGGGGACAUUCCCCGCAGCCGCGCGGAGCCACGCGUGGUUCCCACGCACAUCCUGUGGCAGCGCCUUUUGCAGGGUUUUUUUGGUUUUGUUUUUUUUUUUUUUUUUUUUUGGGUUUUUUGGCAGCCCCAGUCCCCUCCUUCGCCCCAGUUCUCAGGCGGAGGUGGGGGCUGAGCUGACAUUUCCUCCCGGGACUGCGGCCACCGACCGCGGGGACGCCUCUGCCGCAUCCGCCACCGGAGCCGCGGGGCCGGGACCCGCCCGGGGCCGCCCGGAGGAGCCGGGGCCGGGCUGAGCACCGGCUCAGCGGGGCUGACCACGGCCUUGGCUUCCUCUUCCCCUUUCGAGCCGAUGGAGAGCGUGGGGUUGGCGCUCGCCUGGGGCCGUGCUGGCGGUUGGGGACAUCCGGUGGCACCUGCUCGAUCUUUUCCUGCUAAAUCUGCCGCUUUGGGGAACAAAUAAAAAGCUCCUUUUUUUAAAAUCCUCCUGGCGACACCCCGAGCUGUUGGGUUCCAUGGGGACGUAGGGAGCCCGUGGCUUGUCUGGGUGUCGCGCCAGUCCCUGGGAGGCUUCACUGUGCCCCAUUAAAUGGUUUAAUUAUCUCUAA